AUGAUGCAUUCGCUAGAGUUCGAGUACGAGGAACCGAUAGAGAAGCGUUUUGAGGAUCUUUGUCAUGAUCUGUGUAUUGAAGGAGCCAUUCGGGAGGAGGCGUGGGAAAAGUAUAAAGGAAAUCCGACCACCACCGAUUUGUUCCGAUUGACGUGGCUAUUGUUCAUCAAGUCGCGUGCCGGUUUCCCCGCGGUGACCGAUGACUUGGUUAACUCAUAUCAUCUUUUGGCGUGCUGCUUGGACUGGAUAUUGGGUGCUGUCAUGGUCUCGCGACGUUCUGACAUGAUUAAUUUGGAGCUAACUGGUCUUCCGAAGGAUUUUCUGUCGGCGGCCAGUCAGAAGAAAACAUGGUGUCCGCCCCAUGAGCUGCCGCCCUGCAUGCUGCGUCUCAUAUGUGAAGACAAUGAAGUGAAUUAUGUGGAAUGCAAAACGGUUAAGGAGCAUUUCUUCAAACCCUUCAUGAUGCGACUGAUUGAAAAGGAACUGAUUAAACUCAACCCACCACUCGUUUAUGGUAGCAUUCUGGAGCCGGAUAAUUUUGAAAUCACAUUACAAAAUUUGAACAACAAUUACGAAGAAUACAUCAUCGGCACAGGUGAUUUUGACGAAAGGAUCUACCUGACACCAAACGCAGCGGAAGAAAUUGGAUCAGCCGGUCAGACCGGAGUGUCGUCCAGUAUGUCUUUAACAAGUGACUUGGUUCCAUCUGCAAGGCGUUAUAUGCUAGAGCUGAGCAAUACCGGUUUUGGCGGAUUUACCGAAACUAAUCGACGAGGAAAAGCCAAUGCGGGCGCAGUCAGUCGCCUGAAUGGCGGGAUCAGUUUCAACAACCCCGAAGCACGAAGUCAGAACCUGAAUCAGCUACAGGUGAGUAAAAACGCUACGGUCGAUCUCAAACAAAUUCUGUUUCUUUCCCUAGGGUGA